GUGACUAGUCCCGGAUCCAUAAGAAUACCACGACAUGCAAAGUCACUUCCCUCUCCCCCUACCUCCUCCUGAAAACGCGACGUUUCUCUCUCAAUCUCCAUCGUCUAUCGACUCUCUCUGUCUCUGUUAGUGAUUCUAGCUCAUGAUUGUCGGGGCUUCAAGCUUCAAGUUUGUUAUGAGAACUAAAUAGAAGCCUUGGUUGGCUAUGAAGCCAUUACAAUCAUGGAGAUGGCUAUUGAGAAAACAGAAUGCCUUCUUUGAUGGGCUAGGGAAAAUGUGGAUUCAAGAUGAGACAGAUGCUGUUUAUGGGACUUGUGUGUGCAGUUACACUGUUGGUUGUGUACAGAAUCACAAAUUAUCAGUAUCAGCAGACAGAGAUGGACAAGGAAUUGCCUCGUUUCGAAACUAUAAAGGAAUCUCAUUUGGGAUCCAGAUAUUUGUUGGACGGUUUGCCUAGUGGUAUAAUGCAAGCUAGGUCGGAUUUGGAGCUAAGGCCGCUGUGGUCAAGUAGUAGUUCACGGUCAGAUGUUAGAGAUUCUGAUCCUAAAGUCAAUGGUUUUAGCAAUCAUAACUUGCUCGCAAUGCCAGUUGGUAUCAAGCAAAAGCAGAACGUGGAUGCUAUUGUUCAAAAGUUUCUUCCAGAGAAUUUUUCGAUUAUUCUAUUCCAUUAUGAUGGCAAUAUGGAUGGGUGGGGGGAUCUUGACUGGAGUAACAAGGCCAUACACAUAGUUGCUCAGAACCAAACAAAGUGGUGGUUUGCAAAGCGCUUUCUACAUCCUGAUGUGGUCUCCAUUUAUGAUUAUAUAUUUCUUUGGGAUGAAGAUUUGGGGGUCAAGCAUUUUAACCCUGGAAGGUACCUGGAUAUUGCGAAAAGAGAAGGACUCGAGAUAUCUCAGCCAGCUCUGGACCCAAAUUCAACAGAUAUACAUCAUAGAAUUACUGUUCGUGCCAGGAAAAAGAAGUUUCAUAGGAGAGUCUAUGAACGUAGAGGUAGUGUGAAGUGUUCUGAUUCCAGUGAGGGGCCACCAUGCACUGGAUUUGUUGAAGGCAUGGCUCCAGUGUUUUCAAGAUCUGCUUGGCAUUGCACAUGGCAUCUUAUACAGAAUGAUCUUGUCCAUGGAUGGGGAAUGGAUAUGAAACUUGGCUAUUGUGCACAGGGGGACCGCAGAUGGAAUGUGGGAGUCGUUGAUAGUGAAUACAUUGUUCAUAAAGGCAUACAAACAUUGGGUGGAAGGGGAAUGCCUACAAAAAAGAGACAUGGUGCUUCAGCUUUUGAUAUGCGAACCGAGAUUAGGAGGCAAUCAACAUGGGAACAUAAAGUAUUUAAAGAGCGUUGGAAUCAAGCCGUUGAGGAAGAUAAGAGCUGGGUUGAUCCACUUAAGAGAUAUAAAAUACCUAGAAAUAGAAAAAUUAGGCGACACUCUCGUCUAAAUUCUUCAUAAUUUAGUUGUUGUAGCGGUUACCGAAUUCUCAUAUUUAUUCAUUAUUUGAACAACCACAGUAUUUGUUCUUAGAAUCCAGGUUUGUCUUUUAUAUCUAUUCAUCCUUUUGGUGUAAUUAAUAAUAGAAAAAUUCUAAACAUAUGAUUUUGUUGUUUUACCUUCUAUUUAAAUACAUAUUUCAUUUCCUCAUUUCUUACA